AUGCCCGAAACAAUGAAUAAUCGAAACUCAAAAGGCCUUUCCUUUGAAGAGUAUCAGGAAAAGAGUACUCAGAAUCCUAAAAUAACCGUUUCUGACUCAAUCUCUCUUUUUGGUCUUUCUUCAGAUUUAGCAAGUUACAGUGAAGAGAUCUAUGAUAUGUUAUUGAGUCAUUUACAACGUAUCGAACGUGAAAAAGGAAUGGGCGGGUGUGUAUCUUUGUUACUAGAUGUCUUAAAACAACCUCCUAAAACAGAAGUUCAAUAUGCCCAAAUCAAUUCAGUCUUAGAGAUAGUAAUUGCUAAGGCUAAGCAAUAUGAAGAGAAAUGGAUGCCUAAAGGUCUAGAAGAACCCAAACCUAAACUAGAACCUACCCCUGAAAAAACAGCUAAACCAGACUUAUCUACUGAAACUCUCAAACAACCUUCACUGAUUAUUCGGCCCAACCGGUUUAACCUGCGCAAACUAGCCCGGAAAAGGCGGGAAAUGAGGUUACAGGCCGAGAAAAUGCAGAAGGCAGCUGAAGCAGAAGAGCCUGAAUCAGAGAAGGCGGCCAAGACUCUAGAAGAAGUCUUACAACUGGGCAGUACUGGAUUGAUUCCUCUCUUACUAGACACAGCAGCAGGUAUAGAUUUGUUUAAGCUAUUUUCUGGUGAUUGGGAAAGCUUUCCUGCCCCAAACUUACAGAUAGACUUUUUAGGACUGUUUUAUACGUAUUUGGAAAUGCAUGUAACCUUAUCUUUGAUUUUUGAUAGGGAAAUAGUUGAAGCAGAUCGGAUCAAAGACUUAUCACAAGCUAAUUAUAAGGUCUUCUUACAACUGUUUGCUGGUGCUUUUGUGGAGGAGUUAAUGACUGAGUUAGUAGUAUCUUUUAAUCUAUCAAUGUGUUUAUCUUUAUUGUUAAAGGGCAGUGCUCUACAGGACUGUUAUGCAUUAUUCUCACAAGAGGGGAUUAACUUGUUUUCUGAGCGGAGUAUUUUAGGACUGCAAUCUUCGGUUUUUAAAGUCUUAGGGCUUCUUUACUAUAAAGAGAAGAACGAGACGAUUUUAGAUAUUGUGUUAUCUUUCUUUACUACGCAGUGUUUAGAUGCCUACACGAUUUUACAGCGGAAGAGCAUUAUUGAGAGUGCAGUGGAUGCACUAGCUAAGUCAGUGGCAGAAGAGACUAUUUUUCAGCUCAUUAAGAAGGUAAUGUAUGCCUAUGAAAGUGCUGCCCAGUACUCGGAAAGCAUAGCCCAGAUGAUUUCUAUUUUCUUAUCAUGUAUCAAAACAAAAAGCAAAGAUAAGAUUAGGGAGAUAAACGGGUUUUUUACUAAAAUAAUAGCCAGAUCACCUAACAAAAUCGAACAUAUUGAAUCCUACUGCAAGUUCUUAUCUGCCCAUGAAAUAGAUGUACCUCUCCACCACCUUGUACGGCGUUAUGACCCCCAGUUCAUUGCUACGUUCUACUCCACUUACUUCCGGCAUCCCUUUACGCUAGAGAAGGGUACUAAGGCCGUAGGAGACUUUAUUAAUUUUGUAAACAGCUCGGAUAACUUGACUUAUAUCUACAUUAUGAAUAUGGUGCCUUUUAUUCCUACUUCACCCUUUAUCAUUCAUAAGUUGUUUUUGAUUUACAAACGUAUUUAUGCUAAUGCAUCAGUCUUUCCUCGUGGGAUUGAAACUGAGUUCUUACUUCUACGCAUGAAAACUCCCGCCUUAGUAGGUAUUGCUGGGUUUAUCUUUAGCGAUCCUAAACCGCUCCUUAAGAAGCGCGUUUGCCAAAAACUAGCCGAAUCCGUUAAGAUCAGCAAAAGUUUCAAUGAAGACUAUAUCGUGUUUAUGGCCCUUCUCUACUCUAUUGAAAGAGCUAAACUGGAAAACUACAACUACAAAGGUAUUCUUAGCUACUUGAAAGAUGAAAUCACACUUAAGUACCUUGAGAAACACCUUCUUCAGAUCCUUAAAAUGGUCCAUCAAGAGGUUUCUCUUGAGUCCAAAGACUUUACACGUACUUAUGCCUGUGAACUUCUCCAGAUAGCAGCUAGUAAUACGGCCUACCCUCUUUCUUUGCGUAUUAUUGCUGAGAUUCUCCAGAUCCUCUUUGAAAAGGAGCCCUCGAUUGUCUUCUCAGAAGAGUUGCACAUUCGAUUCCGUGAGGCCUUUGAUACCUUCCGUACCCGAGAGUUUUCCCUUUAUCGCACCAAAGAUAUCUUCCAGAUGUUUUCAGUUCUUUAUGGUGCCAUUCUUAAAAAGCUCAAGGAAGAAGUCAUUGAGGCUUACAAUUACGUUGUGCUUAAUAUUGUUGAUUUAGGGUUAUUCCAUGCUUUACCGGUUAUGCGCGAUGAACGGGGUAUCAAAGAACUUUUAGAUAGAUCUAACUUGAUUAUGCAGGCCAUUCGUGAAUUCCCCAGUACAAUCAUGCAAGGCACUGAGAUUUGGGAGUGGCUCUACUCCCUCUGUGUCUGCCGACCUCUCCCUCGAGGUGUAGCAGCCAGUACACCUUCUACCGCCCAGAAGACACCUUUAACCGAAGAAGAGUACAACCAUCUACUCUAUAUCAUUAACACCGAAUGGAUUGGCGAUCUAAUUACACUACGUGGUGAUGUACCAGGUAUUAUUGAGAAUGCCCGUAACUACUUGCGCUGGAUUCUCUCUGAGGAGUACUUCCUAGAGACUUUAAUGGUACUCUUAAGAGUCUCUAAUCGGGAAGAGAAGAAAGAGUUGCUUAAACGAGCUGUACUCAAGGGAUACAGUGCCCGAGAAGAUACUUCUGUCUACUAUGAGUUGUACAAAGCCGCUAAAGGCACCUUCUAUGAGUAUCCUCUUUCUCAGACUUAUAACUUCCUUAGUGCCUUAGAGGGAAGCAAGAAGUACUUAAAGCCACGCGAGUUACGCGAACAAGAGUUGUACGAACUAGAGAUUGAUGAGUUAGUCUUUCUAAGCACAGAGUACAAUCUCAAGAAAGUAGCAGCUGUCCUGAUGAAGAAGCAAAUUGUAUGCUGUUGUGGGUUCUUUUUAGAUGCGAACAAUCUAUCAGUGAUUGAAGCCUUAUCAGUGAUUGCUAAUUCUGAGGACGAGCAAGAGAUAGGCAAAGCCUUUAGUCGGUUGGAGAAAGAAGAGAGUGACUCAGGUCCAGGUCUAGUCUUUUAUGUGCCCCAGAUUGUGCAGUUACUUCGUAAGACCUUCCGGAAGAACUCAGCUGAGAUCAAAACAGCUCUCCUGCGCAUAGUGAAGAACAAAACAGCCCAUGCGAUUAUUUGGGAAAUCAAAGCGCAAGGCCAGGCCGGACUAGAGGAGUACGAAAACUUGAUUAUGCAAGAAAUGGAGCCAGAAGCCCGUGAGCAGUACAGUAAGGUAGCUACUUUUCUACAAAACUUCGCGGACGUCUCAGGCAGAUUGAAGCAGUAUGUUUCUCUUGAUCGCGAUAGGAAAAAGGCAAUGAUUAACCAAGAGAUUUCCCAGGUGACUUUCCCUGAAGGUUGUUAUUUGCCAAUAACGGGCGAAACAGUUAUUCGUGUUGUGGAAGGCUCAGGGAAAGCCUUACAAAGUGCGGAAAAGGUUCCGUAUAUGGUUACUUUUAAGGUGCAACGACAAAACUCUGAUGAAAUCAUUGAUCGUUCUGUUAUCUUUAAAUUUGGUGAUGAUUGCCGACAAGAUGUGCUAGCCUUACAAAUCAUUCGUCUCUUCCAAGAGAUCUUUGAAGAAAAAGGUCUAUCAGUCUAUCUCUAUCCCUACAAGGUUUUAGCUACUGGUGAUGGCUGUGGUAUUAUUGAAGUGAUUCCUAAGGCUGUUUCUCGUGAUCAAAUAGGUCGGGAGCGAGUGAACAACUUAGUGGACUACUUUGCCUUGAAGUAUGGAUAUCGCGAGGGCCACAAGUACGUUGAGGCUCUUAAGAACUUUGUUGAGUCUUUUGCCGGGUACUCAUUAGUCACUUAUAUCCUUAAUAUCAAAGACAGACAUAACGGUAAUAUUAUGAUCUCUGAUGAUGGCCAUCUUAUUCAUAUUGAUUUUGGGUUUAUGUUUGAUAUUUCACCAGGAAACAUUAAUAUUGAAAGUCCAAUCAAAAUAACUGAUGAGAUCUUUUCCUUACUAGGUGGGGCUGAAGGAGAAGCUUUUGCCCUUUACAAAGACCUUAUGAUUCGUGGGUUCUACCUUCUACGCAAAAAAGCCCGCGACAUUAUUCUUAUGGUUGAUUUAGGGAGACACGGCGGUCUACCUUGCUAUACUUCAGCUACCAUGAGCAAUCUUAUUUCACGUUUCCGCCUUGACCUGAAAGACCAUGAAAUCCCAGAGUUCGUCAAGAACCUUAUUGGUUCCUCCACCAAGAAACUUCGUACUUGGAUUUACGACCAGUACCAGCACCUCACCAACAACAUUGCCUUCUAA